AUGGCUAUGAUGCUCAAAGACUGGCCCUGGCCCCCAGGGCCGGCUAAGGCUGUGACUUGGGCAAUGACUUCUGACGAGCGCCUGUGCUUUUCGUACUUCCAUGGCCACACUAUCCCGACCCUCUUGCAAUCCUUCGACUCGACUCUAUGGCAGAAGCUUGUCCCCCAGCUGACGCAGCACGAACCCCCCGUCUACCAUGCGAUGGUGGCCCUUAGCGCAAUCCACCGCAGCUCCGAAGACAAUGGAAUGCAACUGGCAACUCCUGCGAGUUUCAAGGCGCAGGAUGCGUGGCACCGAUUUGCCCAGGAUCAGCUCGGACGAUCGAUUACGCUUCUCAACCAGCGUUGUGCGUCCCAGGACCCCUGUCUUCGUGAUGUGAUUCUUGUUUGCUGCCUGCUCUUUGUCCUGGCAGAUUUGCUCCGCGGUCGAUAUGAAGAUGCUUUCAGCCAUCUCCGUAGUGGCCUGUGUAUUCUAAAGGAGCUACAGGUUGCAAAUCAGGGAUUGGUUGAGCAAUGCAUUGUCUCGGCGUUUGCCCAUUUAGACAUACUCUCUUCGCACUACGACCGCGCCUUUCCCAUUUUCUCGUCCGACAGCCAACCAGGGCCUACUCAAAGUAUAUCUCAUGGCAUUCCAGGCUCUGGACUUUAUUUUCGGUCCUUGCCAGAGGUGCGCAUUGCAUUCGACAGCCUUCUGCGAAGCGUAUAUCGGCUCGGCUCACGGUGCUUGGGCAUGUCAGAUGUGGAGGUCGCACUCGAUUACGAGACACUCCAAGGGCAACAACUCGCAGUCUGGUCCUAA